AUGGCACAUCCAGAGGAAAUCUUUGAGCUGGGCAAGCUGACCUUCGCCCUGGUUAUUGUGCUCCUCUUCUUUACAUGGACCACCGUCGCCCUUCGAAUGUGGGUACGAAUGGGCAUCACCAAAUCACCUGGAUGGGACGAUGCUACAAUCGUCAUCGCAAUGUACGUUCAAUUGAGCGAAAUCUUUUACAUUCUCACCACAACGUUCCUCAAGAUCUCCCUGGGUCUUUUUUUCCUGCGGCUUCUUACGAAACCUUGGCAAACGCGUCUCUUCCAAACCGUCCUCGUUAUCUCCGGUGUCUACGGCAUCUUUUACUUCUUUGCUACUGUUUUUGUGUGCGGAAACCCCUCCAAGCUUGCAGAAAGUCUUCUAGGUGCUCGCACAACGCACUGCGCCCCUAUUUGGUUCGUCCUCAGUACCGGAUAUAUCUAUGGCAUCAUAAAUGUCAUCGCGGAUUGGAUCUUCACACUCAUUCCUAUCGUCAUUUUGAAGGAUAGCACCAUGGACCGUCGCUCCAAGAUCUCGGUAGCCAUAGUCAUGGGAUUUGCCGCAGUAGGAUCCAUAUCCAGCAUCAUGCGUAUGGUGUACCUGAAGGGUCUUCUUUUUGAAGGUAACGUCUCUACUGCCUCGAUAAAAGCCACCAUAUGGGCCACUGCCGAACCUGGCACAGGCAUCGUUGCCGCCUCCGCUGCCAUCCUUCGUCCGCUCUUCCGCAAGAUCUAUACGGACGUACGCGAAAAGUAUGGAAAGUCAUCACAGCAAGAUCCGACCAUGCCGUGGACAACGGCCACCACCAGGGUCGGAGAUACAGAGAGUGUGAUAGGUUUAACAACUGUUGCGACUAAGACCUCAAGGCAUUCCAUGCGCUCCCUUGAACUGGAUGAACCGUGGAACGGCAGAACGAGCAUCGAACAGGCUCGUAUUGGUAUAGGUAGAUCGGUCGUCAUCACAGCGGGUCAAGAAGUGCGAACAGUACCGCUACGAAAGAAGUGA